AUGAAACUCAUUCAGGUGUAUGCACCAACAUCAAGCAGACCAGAUGAAGAAGUAGAACAACUGUAUGAAGAAGUACAGCGUCAGUUGACAACAGACUGCCACUACCACAUAGUCAUGGGUGAUUUCAACGCCAAGAUCGGGAUAAAGUCAGACGAACAAGAGCGUGCCACAGGGAAAUUUGGCAGCGGAGAGAGGAAUGAAAGAGGAGACUUACUGAUUGAAUGGGCGACAGCAAAUAACUUGAAGAUCAUGAAUACCGUCUACAAGAAGAAGAUAUCAAGAAGAUGGACAUGGCAAAGCCCAGAUGGAUGUACAAGAAACGAAAUUGAUUUACAUCAUGACAAACAGACCCAACAUCUUCACGGAUGUGAAAGUGCUUAA